AUGGCUUCGCCAGUCCCCAGCCCCAUCGGCCCGCCGUUUGACGAGCUUGCCCAGAACCUCACCGGCAACUUGACGGCCGGAAACGCCACCGCUGUCGCCGAAGAAUGGGGCUUCUCCCAGUACGCCAGCUUCCUAACCAUGGAGGCCAAACUCAUCUUCAGCGCUCUGGCCAUCAUCUACAUUGGCGCCCACGGAUCACUCCGCCGGCCGCCUUCAGCCGCUCCUCAGAAACGCAAGGACGGGCAGAGUGAGCGCAAAGAAGAUAAGCCCAUCACCGAGGGCCUCCUACCUACCGACGCCAUCCUCUUCCCGCUCCUGGCCGGAGCUAUGCUGAUUGGCCUCUACUAUCUCAUCCAAUGGCUCCAGGAUCCGGCGAUUCUCAACAAAAUUCUUCGAGUGUACAUGUCUGUUGCGGGUGUCGCUAGUCUGACAACCUUGAUUGCACAUUCGCUGCGCCUUGCCGCCGGAUUCGUCUUUCCCAACUACUUCCGCCACAACGGCUCGCUAUACAACGUCGACGAUGACGAUGAGUCCUUCAUCAAAGUGACCGGCGGGCAGGUGGACCGGAACAACGCUCAGUGUCUCCAGAAGAGCAACCCGCUGCCUUUUGGUCUGCGCAGCAUCAUGCGCUUCAACGCCAUCAAGUUCAACCGGCUCCUUUGGGAUUUGCGCCAUGUCUUGGCGGACGAGUGGACAGUGAAGGCCAAAUUUCACGGCCUCUUCCACGAGAAGUUCCACGUCUCCAUCCUCCACGUCAUUGGCUUUAACCUGGCUGUCAUGACUGUUGUGGCGUACUCCAUGUCAGGCUCGCCGUUCCUGUCCAACCUUAUGGGCUACGGUUUCUGCUACGGCUCGUUCCUCAUGAUGUCCCCGACCACCUUUGCGACCGGCAGCUUGGUAUUGAUCGGACUCUUCUUCUACGACAUUGUCAUGGUCUUCUACACUCCCUACAUGAUCACCGUCGCCACCAAGCUCGACGUGCCCAUCAAGCUCCAGUUCCAGUCUGCCGCUAGGUCCAGCAUUCUAGGACUCGGAGAUAUCGUCGUCCCCGGUAUCGUGAUGUGCCUCGCGCUCCGCUUCGACAUGUGGCGUCACUACCAGCGCCAGAUCAAGUACGUCCCCACCGAUCUCAAGUCUGACCAGCACGACGCCACCUCUGGCAACGUGGUCACCGUGAGCCAGACCCAGCACGUUGCGCAAAAGUCCCCCUACCUCGACAUCACCAACUGCUGGGGCGACUGGUUCUGGUCCACCCCAUCGUGGCUGGGCCUCGUCAAGGCUGGAACGGAGACGGCACCGCCAACGGUGCGCGGAUCAACCUUCCAAAAGACGUACUUCCACGCCUCCUUGGUCGGCUACGCUCUGGGUAUGGUGACCACCUUGGUCAUGCUCGUCGUCUUCAAGCACGGCCAGCCCGCGCUGUUGUACCUGGUCCCGGGUGUCCUCGGUUCUGUCUGGUUGACGGGCCUCUUGCGCGGCGAACUCAAGGAGAUGUGGAUGUACACCGAGGACGGCAGCCUGGACACGCGUGACGUUGUUGUCGAGCUCAAUGGAGACGGCAACGUUGUGAAGGAGGUCAAGGACGAUGAUGGCAAGAAGGACGAUGAGAAGGAGAAGAAGAAGAAGAAGGAAGAGGAAGAGAAGGCUGCGGAGGAGAAGAAGGUUGCUGAGAAGCGGGAUGCCGAGAAGACUGAGUAUAGCAUAGUCGCCUUCUCCGUCACUGCUCCGCUUAGAAAGCCGAAGACGCAGUGA